GGACAAGACUUGCGACGACACACAGCACAACCGACAAAAUGCCCCCAAAGAAGAACGUAGUCCGCCAGCAGGAGAACGUCCAGCUCGGCCCACAGGUCCGCGAGGGCGAGCUCGUUUUCGGCGUUGCACGCAUCUUCGCUUCCUUCAACGACACCUUCGUCCAUGUCACCGAUCUCUCUGGCCGCGAAACCAUCUCCCGUGUCACCGGCGGCAUGAAGGUCAAGGCCGACCGUGACGAGUCCUCGCCGUACGCUGCCAUGUUGGCUGCUCAGGACGUUGCUGCCCGCUGCAAGGAGUUGGGUAUCACUGCUCUGCACGUCAAGAUCCGGGCUACUGGUGGUAACGGCACCAAGACCCCAGGUCCAGGUGCCCAGUCCGCUCUCCGCGCCCUCGCCCGUUCCGGCAUGAAGAUCGGUCGUAUCGAGGACGUUACCCCAACCCCAUCCGACUCCACGAGGAGGAAGGGUGGACGCCGUGGUCGCCGUCUGUGAGUGCUUUGCCUACUAUUUGCGAAUGCACGCGACAUGGUGGAAAUGGUGCAUGGAAUUAUGAUGAGAAAAGGGAGAUUUCUUCUCUGGAGCAUUUGCUGCUGAGUGUGACGCUAUCGCGGGGAACGGUCUUAAAACACCUGGUCUCCAUUUGUGCUUGUGUAGUCGCAUAAAUUCAACGCAAUGUGGAUGAGAGCCUAUCCCAACCUGGUCGAAGUUCUCAGUCAAAUUCUACCCUUCACCUUCAAAUCUCUUCGCUUCGGCGAUUUUCUAAGUCGAACCGAUCACUUCUGUUCAAACCCAAGAGCGUCGCUUCAAACAUGAGGCAACUCGGCCUCCCUCAACUCCUUCAACGUAUUCGCCGUCUCCAAAAUCCUCCUAAUCAAAUCCGGCCCUUUCCACCCUAAGCCCUCCGCAGCAAGCAACGUCAAACUAGCCUGAUCCUCCCUCCCAGGCCUUCCGGGCGCAGUCAUAUUAGGUUUCAUAUUAACAUCAAAAAGACAAAACGGCGCUCCAACUUUCUCCUCCGCCUUCCUCACAUCAAUCCUAAUAGGAGCUUUCACCUGCAACAGUCGUGCCACAGCCUCACAUUCCCUCUGAACCUGGGCGUAUGCAGGAUCUUUUGCCGCCUCGUGUUCUGGGACCACACUGGAGUUGGAAGUAACUGCGACCACUCCAUUGUAUGGUGCGAUGCCGUCUUGAUGGUUGAAACGCACGACCACUGGGAGAGCCCAGUAUUCGGGGAUUUGUUUACUUGGUGGCAUUACUGUUAUUGUGGCUUCGGUGCCUGGGAGGAAUUCUUCGAGCAUGGCGUUGUUGGGGCCGAGAGAGUCGAUGUGGGAUGCUAGGUCUGGGAUUGCUU